UCAAAUUCAACAAAUCAAAAUCUCUAAUAACUCCAUCCACUCACUCACCCGAUUCAGUCAAUCUCCACAGUCCACACUUUCUCUCUCUAAAACGGAGUGAGAGAGUCCAACACACGGAAAGCUCAAGUUUUUUUGCUUCUUUUUUUUUUUUUUUUGAGCUUUCAUGGCGUCCAUGGCUGCCGUUGGAGCUCUCAGACUACCUUCCUCUUCUUCAUCUUUCUCUCAUUCAUCGAAUGCCUCAAGUCUCGUUCCAAGAACCGGUCUCCGAAGCCUCUCCUUCGCCAAUUCUCAUCUCUCCGGCGAUAAGAUCACCUCUUUUGCAAUCUCCGGCUGCAGAGCCGCUUCCACCGACAGGAUUCCGAGGAUUGUCUCGCCUAAGGCCGUCUCCGAUUCCAAGAAUUCUCAGACUUGUCUCGAUCCCGAUGCCAGCCGCAGUGUUUUGGGCAUUAUUCUCGGAGGAGGGGCUGGGACUCGUCUCUACCCGCUGACCAAGAAGCGAGCGAAGCCUGCUGUUCCCCUUGGAGCCAACUACAGGUUGAUUGAUAUUCCUGUCAGCAACUGCUUGAACAGCAACAUCUCCAAGAUCUAUGUUCUCACGCAGUUCAAUUCCGCUUCCCUCAAUCGCCAUCUCUCCCGGGCCUAUGCCAGCAACAUGGGUGGCUACAAGAACGAAGGCUUCGUUGAGGUUCUCGCGGCUCAGCAGAGCCCUGAGAACCCGAACUGGUUCCAGGGGACAGCUGAUGCGGUGAGGCAAUACUUGUGGCUGUUUGAGGAACACAAUGUGUUGGAAUUCUUGGUUCUUGCUGGGGACCAUUUGUAUAGAAUGGACUAUGAGAGGUUCAUUCAAGCGCACAGAGAAACUGAUGCCGACAUCACUGUGGCUGCGCUGCCAAUGGAUGAAAAGCGUGCCACUGCGUUCGGUCUGAUGAAGAUAGACGAAGAGGGACGGAUAGUUGAGUUUGCUGAGAAACCCAAAGGGGAGCAACUCAAAGCUAUGAAGGUUGAUACCACCAUUCUGGGUCUUGAUGAUGAGAGAGCGAAGGAGAUGCCUUACAUUGCGAGUAUGGGUAUAUAUGUCGUGAGCAAAGAUGCGAUGUUAAAUCUGCUUCGGGAUAAGUUUCCUGGAGCAAAUGAUUUUGGAAGUGAAGUGAUUCCAGGGGCAACUUCCACUGGAAUGAGAGUGCAAGCUUACUUGUACGAUGGCUACUGGGAAGACAUUGGAACAAUUGAGGCUUUCUAUAAUGCAAACUUGGGAAUAACCAAAAAACCCGUGCCAGACUUCAGCUUCUACGACCGUUCAUCUCCAAUCUACACCCAACCCCGGUAUUUGCCACCAUCCAAAAUGCUUGAUGCCGAUGUCACUGACAGUGUAAUUGGCGAGGGCUGUGUGAUAAAGAACUGCAAAAUUCACCACUCUGUGGUUGGGCUCCGAUCUUGCAUAUCAGAGGGUGCAAUCAUCGAAGACUCCUUAUUGAUGGGAGCAGAUUACUAUGAGACGGCUGCUGACAGGAGGUUUCUGGCUGCAAAGGGCAGCGUUCCAAUUGGUAUUGGGAAGAGCUCUCACAUAAAAAGAGCUAUCAUCGACAAGAAUGCCCGUAUCGGUGACAAUGUGAAGAUCAUUAACAGUGAUGGCGUGCAAGAAGCAGCAAGAGAAACUGAUGGAUAUUUCAUAAAGAGCGGGAUUGUGACGGUGAUCAAGGAUGCCUUGAUUCCAAGUGGAACCGUAAUCUAAGAUGCUGCUAUCUACAACUUCCAAUGGUGACUGCGAAAAGUUUUCUUUCUAGUUGUCUACUGGCUUGAGAAGCCACAGUAGAAAUAUGCUUAACGUUCUCUUCUUCUAUUUAUGUCAUGUAAAUUUUAUAUUAGUAUAAUGUAAUUAGAAGAGGAAGACUCCUAUCACUAAUAAAAGUUUCCCUUUAUUUUUCUGCUCUCCCUA